AUGGGGUACCUCUCCUGCCGCGCGGACUCGUCCGUGGCGACGUGCCGCUCCAUCACGGCCAUCUCGCCACACCCAAUCUCGCGCCGCUCGGGGUCGUCCAGGCCUGCGCUGCCGCCGGCGCCGGCGGCCAUCGAGCGCUUCGACUACGCGGAGCUAGAGGCGGCCACGUCCCACUUCGCGGAUGCGGCGCUGCUGGGCCGGGGCAGCCACGGGGCCGUCUACAAGGCCGUGCUCCCCUCGGGCCGCGCCGUCGCCGUCAAGCGCCCCUCCCCGCGCCGCCACGAGGUGGACAACGAGAUCCGCAUCCUCUCCUCCGUCCGCGGGCCGCGCCUCGUCAACAUCCUCGGCUUCUCCGACCCUGGCCCCAAUAGCCCCGGCCACGCUCCGGCCGCGCGCCUCCUCGUCGUCGAGUACAUGCCCAACGGCACGCUCUACGACCUGCUCCACUCCAGCCCGCGCCCGCCCGGGUGGCCGCGCCGCCUCCGCCUCGCGCUGCAGACGGCCAGGGCGCUGCGCGCGCUCCACGACGCCGACCCGCCCGUCAUCCACCGCGACGUCAAGUCCGCCAACGUCCUGCUCGACGCCAACCUCGACGCACGCCUCGGCGACUUUGGCCUCGCCCUCCGCGUGCCCAAGGCCAAUGCCAGCGCCGGCGCCGGCGCUGCUGCUGCCACCAAGCCGGUGCCCGCGGGCACGCUCGGCUACCUCGACCCGGCCUACGUCACGCCCGAGAGCCUCAGCACCAAGACGGACGUCUUCAGCUUCGGGAUCCUGCUGCUGGAGAUCAUCAGCGGACGCAGGGCCAUCGACGUCCAGCACUCGCCGCCGUCCGUCGUCGAGUGGGCCGUCCCGCUCCUGCGGAAAGGCAAGGUGGCCUCGCUGUUCGACCCGCGUGUGGCGCCGCCACGCGACCCGGCCACACGCAAGGACCUUGCCGCGCUGGCCGCUAGCUGUGUGCGCUCGUGCAGGGAGCGCCGCCCGUCCAUGGCCGACAUCGUCCAGCGUCUCGUGGUUCUCAGCAAAGCAGUGUCGGCCAAGGUGUGGAACGGGCUCGCCGAUGGGCUUGCCGUGGUAGGGAACCCCUGCGCGGUUGUUGAUGUUCACAAGACCAUCUCGAAGCGAGCUGCUGCCAGCAACAGGGCUGAAUCGGAGAGGGAGUCGACUUCAGCAUUGGCGUUUGACGACGAUGAAAAGGAGGAAGCAGACGCAGGGGCCUUGGAGGAGGAUCAGGUGCCAUUGGUUGGUGCCAAAAAGUCACCCCGUGCCACUGAAGAACGGGAUAGUGUUAUCUGA